AUGCGAGGGCUACCGGGCCCCGUGCGAGCCUGGAUAAAGACGUUAGAACUAACUACGAAGAUUCGCUUUGCAAACUGGAACAUUGGCACGCUUACGGGACGCUCCACAGAACUUGCGGCCAUACUUGCCAGGCGUAAAGUGGCAGUGGCGUUCCUGCAGGAUACACGAUGGAAGGCCAACAGGAGCCAAAAUAUUGGGCACGGCUACAAGCUGAUCUAUACAGGCUCUUCUGGUGGGGAGAACGGUGUGGCAGUGGUGCUCGCCGAGCAUUUCCACGAUAGCGUCUUGGAAGUUAGACGCAUAUGCGACCGACUUAUGGUAGUAAGUGUGAUAUUAGACGAACUGUCAGCCAGCGUACAGAAAUUACCGCAGCUUUGGCAGCUUAUGUACGCUGAUGAUAUCGCACUGGUAUAUGGGGACAAGGGACAGCUCACCAGACGCGUGCACGCAUGGAGGGAGGCGCUUGAGAACGGAGGGCUGGAGCUAAACGUGGCGAAGACGGAGUAUAUGGCUUGCAACAGCACAGAUCUGACGUCUCUCCGUAUAGGCGACGACACCGUCGAGCGCACGGACAACUUCAGGUACCUCGGAUCUGUGCUUGAUGCGUCCGGGGACAUCGAUCGCGACAUCAAGGCCCGUAUAUCAGCGGCCUGGGCGAAAUGGCGCGAAGUGACGGGUAUCAUUUGUGACCCCAAAAUGCCGGUCAAGCUGAAGGGACAGGAGUAUUAUUCGUUAUUUAAAAAAUAUUUUGGAUUUACGGUGGCGGUAGCGAUGAUAGUGGCGGGAGGUGUUAAAAGUCUAAUCACGUUUUGA